AUGAUGCCACCCGGAAGAAGAGAUACAGUCUAGCUGUCGUUAAAUGUUACUGAGCGUAGAGAGGUGGAGCUAAGCUAAUAUCGGUUGUGCAGCUAGCUAAAAGAGAGCCAUUGGAUGACGUUAUCUAUUAAACAGGAUGAUGCUCUAAACAACAGGGUAGUUACCUCAACCGCUGACUGGCAAGCAAAAACAUUCAUUCAGGUUUAAGUUAAUAUUUAGAAAUUUGGCAUCACAUUUGCUUCUAAGCAUGGUCCCUUAAAUUCCUCAGCCAUCAGGACACGCUGGUACUCUUCACCCUCAGUCGCUGUGUGACAAAUUGUCAGUCAGAGUCCCGCUGUACUCGUUUCUGUACAAGCUCGUGAAGCCUCGUGAAGAUGUUUUCAGCACUAAAGAAGCUGGUGGGAUCUGAGCCAGGCCAGCUCCGGGACAAGAAUAUUCCAUCUGGCAUGCAGUCGAUGAACCAAAGUCUGCAGAGGCGCUUUGCCAAAGGGGUUCAGUAUAAUAUGAAAAUAGUCAUCCGGGGAGAUAGAAACACUGGAAAGAGUACUUUAUGGCAUCGACUGCAGGGCAAAAAGUUUGUGGAGGAUUACAUACCCACUCAGGAGAUCCAAGCCACAAGCAUCCAUUGGAAUUACAAAACUACUGACGAUGUGGUCAAGGUUGAGGUUUGGGACGUGGUCGACAAAGGCCAAAAAUAUCCUCUUCCUGAAGGUGUAGGAAAAGGCAAAAGGCGUGGAGACAAUUUGAAACUGGAGAAUGAGCCCCAAGAGUCUGAUGAGGUGGCCCUGGAUGCAGAGUUCCUGGAUGUGUACAAGAACUGCAAUGGAGUCAUCUUGAUGUUUGACAUUACCAAGCAGUGGACAUUUAACUACAUCCUGAGGGAGCUACCCAAAGUACCCACCCAUGUGCCGGUGUGUGUCUUGGGAAACCACAGGGACAUGGGCGAGCAUCGCGUCAUCCUCCCUGAUGAUAUACGGGACCUGAUUGCUGGAUUGAACAGACCCAUGGGUUCAUCUUACAUCCACUAUGCCGAGUCCUCUAUGAAGAACGGGUUUGGCUUGAAAUAUCUGCACAGAUUUUUCAACAUUCCCUUCUUGCAGCUACAGAGAGAGACCCUGCUGAGGCAGCUGGAGACCAACCAGCUGGACAUGGACGCCACCCUGGAGGAGCUCUGUGUCCAGCAAGAGACUGAGGAUCAAAACUAUGAGAUUUUCCUUGAGAACUUGGAGACUCGCAGUAAGAACUAUGGCUCUCCUGGUCCAGCCAACGGUUCUUCCUCAGGGUCCCAGUCCCCCAUCGUCCCUCCCAGUGGGGCUUCCACGGGCAGCUCCAGUCCCAGCACCCCUCAGCCCCCCAUCCCCUCCCAGCUGCUCCCACAGUCACCAUCUGUGUCGAUGUCCUCCCCUCCACCUCCUGUGGCAGCGGUUAGCUUGGCAGCUUCACCUACUGACGAGUUGAAGCCAUCGGCCCAGUCUCCGGAACACCAUCAGUCCUCAGCGGCAUCUGGAGCAUUGCCCCCUCAGAAACGCGGCUUCAUCUCCCGCUGGUUUGGCUCAUCACCUGCUACCGAUGCUCCUGUUCCUGCAUCAGAGGACCCUGCUGCACCAGUAUGUCCUAUCAAGGUUCACAGUGUGGAUGAUUUUGUGCCAGAUGAGGGACUGGACAAGAGUUUCUUGGAGGACAGCCUGCCCUCGAAGACCAAGGUCCCUCAACCUGCACCAGCCCCAGCUGUGGACAGUGACAGUGAUGGUGAAGACAGAGGAAACCCCAUGGUGUCUGGUUUCCAGGAUGAGCUUGAUCCUGACGACACUGAGCCCAGCCUUCCCCAGCCUAAGACCCUGCCCCCCAGUAAGGAUAUCACUCUAACCAGUGAUGAGGAACAGGGAGUACCAGCAGCCCACACCAUUACACAGGACCACGACCUGGACAGUGAACCUGAGCUGAAAGCGCCUGUGAUUCACAUCAUAAAACCAAAGGUGACAUCUAAAGCGCCAGAGCCCAGAGGCCAGACCACGGCACCCAUCCACCUCACUUUACUCCCAGCAGCAGAGCAGCUGGCCCGACACCCGCGCAAGAAGAGGGGAAACACAACCAAAGCCGAGGACUCUGAUACCGACCCCGAGGCCCCUGUAGCCCAGCAAAUGCUCUCUUUCGUCAUGGAUGACCCCGACUUUGGGUCUGAAGCAUCAGACACACCAGACACAGCAAAGGAUACAUUUCCAGUCAGGGAUGAGCUUCUGUCCGAUCUCUCUGAUGAUGACAUGCAGUUAGCCAAAGUGCCGGAACCUCUGAAGCCCACUGUGAUCUCCUUUAAACAAAAGGACGAAACUGACCUGUUUGGCCUCGGCAUCCAAGAGGAGGCUCCCGCAGCCAAGGACAGCAGCGAGGAGCAGGAAGAGAAAGAAAGCAAACACUCUAAAGAAAAGAAAAAGAAGAAGAAGAAAGGGAAAGAGGAGGAUGACAAAAGCAAGAAGAAACACAAGCACAAGAAAAAGGAAAAAGAAGAUGCUGCUGCAGGAGAUGACAAAAAGAAAAAGAAAUCCCGAACCAAGAAAACAGAAGUGGAUGAAUUGGAGGACUUUCUCGGCGGAGGAGCAGGAUUGAUCAAAAGAGAUGACGGUGAUUAUGAAGAACUAUGAAAAUUCCUGUUUUGUUAGGAAAUUGGAGCCACUGAACAGCAAUGAGGGACACGUCAUUCAAAAACUCCAGGUUCCUUGACUUGUAUGUGCUUCGAGCAGCAUCUCUAAGCCAUACACAAGGCUACCGACGACACCCAGGUAAAAUAACGAAGGACUCUGUUACCUUUGUGUUCCUUCUGACUGAUUUUCCCCAUCUGCACCUCUGCUGUCACUUCCAUUCCAACCAGUAAAAAAAGGCAAGGACACCCACAUGUACUAUAGUGAGAAAUGGCGUAAAAUUUGAUGAUUGGUGUUGCCACAGAUUGGUUCUUUGUACUCUGACACGAUUUAAUAUGUUGGGUUUAAUAUUUAGCUUUGAUUUGAUGCACUCUGAAAGUUAUUCACUCCAAAUGAGCUUCUGUAAAUAGGGUCAUUGUGUCUGAAUGUUUGCGUGGUUGCCGUAACAAUUGAGAGCAUGCUUAAACCCCAUUAUUGUGUUGUCCUUUAUUUCUAUCUGUGUUAGCUGAAAUGGGUGAAGGCAGAUCUUUAGUUCUUGUGUUUCUAAAUCUGAGCAAUGAGAAGGAAUCCAGAGUGAGUUGAUUUUAAUAAUCUUGUCAAUCAACAAUAGAGGAAUUUACGUCCCCUCUUGUCACUCCUGGAAUAUAUCCACACUAAGCCGGCUGAAUUUUCUCUCUUCUGGUCCUUUGUCCACACUAAGCAAAUUGUUUUUUAUCCCCAAAAAAUGACAGUUGACUUGUCUGUGAAGUUGAUGAAUCUUUUUAUACAUCUGAGCUUAGGCUAAUAGGCUGUGGCUGUGUGGUCACCUUUAACAAUCUCUGUGAUGACUGUUUUUGUAUUGGCACACAACACAAUUUGUCACUAGGCUGUUUUAAUGCUGAUUUUAGUGAGACUUUAGACUUAAGGUGAGCAGAAUAGGAAAUACCAUUUGGUCAUUUUCUUUUACAAAUGGUAAUAAAAUCAUUGUUUAUGCUCAGAAAAACAAAAGUCUGCAAAAACAGCUGAUUUAUGAGCUUGGUUCUAUUAAUACUUCCAUUUACGACUGACAUUUAAGUGGAUAUCCUAUCUGAAUAUGGGGAAAAAACACAUAUUGCAAAAUGUAAGUGUACAGAAUGAAUUUGUGUCCGCCAUCACUGCAUCUGGAAGUGGUCAGACUCAGACCGUCUGUGGAUCUCAUCCAGAUCUCAACAUCAGCUGUUUCCCUGGCGUUUCAGUGUGGAUGGAGAUGUUUUUCCAAAUAAUUCUAACGUGGACGUAUGCUGUUUUCACAGCAUUUUAGAAUUGAGCUGGCUUAGCGUGGAUGUAGUCCUGGUGUAAAACUAACAGCCACUAGCACAUUGUUGUCCUUUGUUGCCCCCUAAAAGCUACUUUAGCUGCUACAAACCAUCUUCCUGCCCACCUCUCUGCCUCACCACACAGGCUACAUAUUGUCCUCUUCAUGUUGUCUGCUGUUGCCUUAAUGGAAGUUUCUACAAUGGAGUGGUGUGCCGCUCUCCCCAUUAUUAAUUGUUCUUAAUGUAACGGUUUGGUAUCUGGGUGGGGUGGAUAAUGUUGUCCUACAGCCUUUUUAAUGGUUAAGCAGAAUCUGUCUUCCUGUUGUAAGAUUGCAGUGAACCUGUACCUCUAUAUUUGUUUGUCUGUCCUUAUUAAGGAGUGUUAUUUCAAACAUUUCCAAAACUCUCACUGUUCUAUUCUUAUGUUAUUUAUUGCUUUGGGUGUUUUUUUGUCAUUUGUGUGAUUUGUGCUCAAAACUGUCCUCAACAGUCAAACACAUCAUGCAGCUUUUUUAUUUUUUUUAUUGCCAUUUCAUGUUCACAUUGGUGAACUUGGUCCUGUAAAACAUUCUCCAGUGGGUUUGUAACCACUGCUAUUGGAAGAAAAUAUGUGCAGGGAUAUGAACUGCCACACUUACUACUUUUGUCCAACGCCUCAAAUCGCCUGGUCAAGACGAGAUGGAGAUGACGCUCAGUAUCUUCCAUGAACUGCAUCCCCGGAAUGUUUCGAAUGAGUGAAGCAUUCUUGCAUCAAAGAUGAAUAAUGUGUAUUUUUAGACCUGUUUUGACAAGUGACAGAUUUCAUACAUUUUUCAUCUCCCAUAGACAUGGUUACACUGUUGGUUUACAAAGAAAUUAUGUUUGAUAUUCCAAAAUUGAAACUAUGCAGCAUUAAUCCUGAAUACUGUACGCUGUUUUUUUUUCUUUCUUUUUAUUUGUUUUUAUCAUGUGAUUGAGGAUAAAUGCUGAAAGCCGUUUCAAGCAAAGCAUUAGACUUAAAUGUACAGUAAAAAGAAUGUAUAAAAAUAUAUAAAUAAAUAAAUAUAUGUACAUACAUAUAUAUAUGUAUAUAUAUAUGUGUAUAUAUAUAUAUUUGAAGGGCUUUGUUCCAAAAUGAUAUGUACACCAUAUGGAAACAUUGUCACAGGAAUCCGAUCAAAUGGUUUUAACAGGGAAUCUCCAGAAGGUAAAUAAUUAUAAAUCAUGUUAUCUAAAGUAACGUUUCUGAGAAUGCAUAUGCACCUGCAUUAUACACUUUGCUGUCCUUUUGUUCAGGUGUACAUGCUACUGUACCUGUAUCUUAAAAUAAUGCGGUCUAAUAAACAGUCCUACCAUAAUUUCUCCUUUGUUUAAGUGAUAAUGUUCCAUUUGUGUGAAAACUGUUAGAGAUGAUGAUUCACAUGAAUAAUAAUUAUAGAUAAAAAGAGACCCCAGACUGUGGUACUGUUGAUGUUGACCUCUCCAUUCAAACGUAGGGAAGGCCAAAUAACAGAAAUAACAGAAAAUGGCUCUACUGUAUAUAAUGUAGUAUAGUUGCACAGCACCACAGACGUCCUAUUAACAUUAUGCCUUCAUUAAGGAGGGUUUUUUUACAGGAUAAUAUUGCAUUGGAUGGCAUUAGUUUAAGAUAGGUGUUCUUAAUAAACUGCCAGCUGGGUGUGUAUUAUAAAAACUGUAUUUCAGAUGUUUUUUCUGCAUGGAAGUAUGACAUUUUGGAAUGAAACGCUUCUUUUAUUUUUCACCCCAUGUUACAUCUUUACACUGUGUGAAUUUGCCUAUGUUUGGUUUAUCCAAUAAAUGCAAACUUAUUUCUUCAUGAAGGGCAA